AAGAGAUGUUAUACUCCCAUUAGUAAAAAUUAUCAAGUCAUCUGCAAAGCACAAAUGCCUGUCUAAGAAUAUGUUCCAUGGUAAAAUUCCUGAAGAAUUGCUGGCUUAUAAGAAUUUAAACAUCAUUGAUAUUAGUGUUAAUAAUCUUGCUGGCUCCAUUCCUGAAGGCAUCGGUAACCUGUCCAUGUUGCAACUCUUGCUUCUGUCAUCCAAUCGUUUGAGUGGGGAAAUCCCCAAAUCGAUUUCAAAUAUCAGCAACCUGCGGCGGUUUGAAGCUAAUCAGAACAAUUUUGUUGGUGAAGUUCCUGUUGGGAUUACAACAUAUAUCGAAAUUUUAGACCUUAGCCAUAAUGACUUAUCAGGGGUGAUUCCAUCCGACCUUUUGUCACAGUCAAGUUUGCAGUACGUGGAUUGGUCUAAUAAUUUGUUACGUGGAACAAUACCUGAAAGAAUAUCUUCCAGCAGCAGCUUGGCAAGGAUGAGAUUGGGAAGCAACUCACUAAGCGGCUCAAUCCCUGCAAAAUUUGCAACACUUCAGUACCUGUUUUACUUGGAGCUGGAAAACAAUAACUUUUCUGGGUCCAUUCCUCCGGAAUUGGUGGAACUGGGCAAUUUAACCAAGCCUCAAGUUAUGAAGCUUCAGCAAAACAAGUUGGGUGGGCAAAUCCCAACUGAGAUUAGACAGUUACAGAGUCUGGGAAUACUCAACAUCAGCUGGAAUAAUCUUACUGGUCCAAUUCCAUCUUCAAUUUCAAAUUUGAAGAAACUCACGAACGUGAACUUACAGAGCAACAAUCUUGUUGGUUCAAUGCCCGUCACUCUUGGAGACUUGAAUCUUCUGUUAGAACUCAAUCUUGGAGGAAAUAAACUAAGUGGGAGUAUUCCUAGAAUGCCACCAAAUUUGCAGAUUGCUUUGAAUCUCAGCAGCAACCUCUUUCAAGGACCUAUUCCGGACACUCCUUCUCAACUGACGAGCUUGGAAGUUCUGGAUCUCUCGAACAACAGAUUCUCGGGCGAGGUUCCUGAUUCCCUGCUUGGAUUGGUGUCACUAACGCAGCUCAUACUUUCCAAUAAUCAGCUCUCUGGGGUUCUUCCUCAGUUCAGCAAGCAUGUUGUGGUCAACGUAAGUGGAAAUCCACAUCUAAUAAUAAUUAAUGAAGCGCCAUCACCAAAAACUUCUCCGGAAUCGGAGAAGAUGAAAGCAUCGGUGACGUUGUGGACUGUUGUUGGAGUUGAGGCCUUCAUCUGCUGCUUCAUCUUCUUGUGCCUGUUUUUCCAUUUUCUCUUCCGAGAUAAAUCAAGGGGAACCAGAGAAGAAGCCAUAUCAUAACCUUUUUCACUUUUUCCUUAAGUUGGGAGCAACGGAUUCCAUGGCCCUUAUGCAUUUGCACCAGCUAUUCUUGUCACUCCUCUGGGGGCACUUAAUAUCAUUAUCAGGCAAGCAAAUGGCACUAAUGACCAUUGUCUCUUGAUUUUUUUUCCAUUCAUGUUUGAAUACUUAUUUCUUAAUUUUCUUGCAGUGCUGCUCUAGCACAUAUUAUACUGUGUGAGAAAUUAAAUAUUUUUGGGAUUCUUGGUUGUGUGCUAUGUGUUGUGGGUUCAAUGACCAUUUUUCUGCUUGCUUCUCAGGAAUGUGAAAUCAACUCUGUCAAAGAAGUAUUGGAUCUUGCCACAAAGCCAGGUAUACUUUCCAUGAGAAAUAGCUUAUAGCCAUAGCAUAUAGUUGAUGUUGAAGAGGAAGUUCUUCCCCCCCCUCACAUUCCUUUUCUUUGAUUUCUUCAUUUUUCACUUAACCAUUAUAGUUGAUGUCGAAGAGAAGUUUUUCUCUUGUAGCUUUUCUUUUGUAUGCAGCUACUGUAAUUGUGGCAGUAUUUAUACUUGUAUUCCAAUUUGUACCUCAAUAUGGUCAGACAAAUGCGAUGGUCUAUACUAGCAUUUGCUCACUCAUGGGCUCACCAUCAGCUUUUGAUACCUUCAACACGGCUGUUGUAUCUCCCAUAUGCCAUGCAAUCUUUAUGACAUUAACAAUUUUGGCCAGUGCAAUCAUGUUUAAGGUACGUUUAUUUCUUUUUCCUUGGAUGGAUGAUAUCCAAUUAAUCAGUUUCUAGUUGACCAUGCAGCUUGGUAGUAUGGUUCUUAUGCAAUUAUUCUAGAUUCAGGAUUGGGAUCGACAAAAACCAACCCAGAUUUUCACAGAAAUAUGUGGGUUCGUUACCAUCCUUUCAGGGAUUUUUCUUCUUCACAAGACAAAAGAAAUGGUUGAAGGUAUU